AUGUUUGUUGUUUGGAAGAAAUUGCAACGAUUACAACCCCACGUCAUGAAAUUGAGCAAACCGUUGGCUGAGAUUCACAAGGAAAUUGCACGAGCUCGGGAGGAGUUGAAUAAGGCGCAGGAUACUUUAAUGACUGAUAGAUUGGAUGCAGACAAGAUUCAUAUGGUCAAGCAAUGUUCUGAUAACCUCAUUAGGCUACAGGAGUUGGAUGAUAGUAUGGUGCGGCAACGAGCAAAAAUUGACUGGCUGAGGCUCAGGGACGGUAACAACAAGUAUUUUCAUGCAUCUAUAAAGGGGCGACAGCAGCUUAAUAACAUAACACAAAUUCAAAGAAUAGAUGGUACCAUGGUUACAGAUCAGAAAGGUAUGGAAAAUGAAGUGAUCUCAUUCUACAGGAAUCUAAUGGGUACAAAAUUGAACCACCUUGAAGGCAUUGAUACAGCAGCUUUGAGAAAUGGUAGUCAAUUGGACGCUGCACAGAGGUAUAUGCUGACGGGGCAUGUAACCGAAGAUGAUAUCACUACAGCUCUAAAAGGCAUUGGUGAUGAUAAGGCACCUGGUAUUGGUGGGUUUGGAGCGUAUUUUUACAAGAAAGCCUGGAAUAUUAUCAAAUUGGAUGUUAUAGCAGCUGUGCAGGAUUUCUUCAAGCAUAACCGGUUGUACAGAGCGGCUAAUUGUUCUGCUGUCACACUUGUCCCAAAGCACAAGAGCGCGAAAGAAAUUAAAGAUUACCGGCCUAAUGACUGA